AGUUCGUUGGUGCGUGUCAAAGCGCUCAGCAUUGCUUUGCACACACACACACACGCAUACCCACUAGCCAUCCACGCUUUGUAUUCGCCAACAACUCGAGCUGCUUUCCAAAUUUUACGUCAGAUAUUUAGACUAAUAAUCCGCCAACGUUAUGCACCGUUAAGACUCCACACGCUGAAGCACCAAAGCCGGAUAAGCGUUAUAUGUAUUAUUUAUUCUUCCUGUAUAUUUUCUAUCUGCUUUCUUGAGAGACCUUGCCAUGUCGAGAGACGAGUCCACCUCUGCUUCGGUGGAGGGUCAGCGGCCUUCCCCCGAGCGCUCAACGAGCGUCGCGCCUUCCGUUUCUCCAACGAUGAACUCCACCAUUACGGUCGCGGUGCGCAAGCGGUGCCGCAUCGCCGGCCGCGAGGACGACGAGAACGACGUGGUGCGCUGCGACGACGGUGGCGGCCCGAACGUGACGGUGUACGCGCGUCGAACGAAGCUCGAUUUAACCCCCGUCAUCGAACCCAGCAGCUUCAGCUACGACCACGUCUUUGGCGAGUGGUGCACGAACGACGAGGUGUACAAGAGCUGCUGCCAGCCGCUGCUGCAGAGCGUGCGGGAGGGCGGCGGGGCCGUGAUCUUUGCCUUUGGCCAGACCGGCAGUGGCAAGACGUACACGAUGCUCGGCAACGGCGACACCCCCGGCCUCUACAGCCUCGCCGUCACGGAGCUGCUGGCCAUGACGCAGGGCAGCAUGACGGCCAGCUUCUACGAGGUCUACGGAGUAAAGCUCUACGACCUACUCAACGACCGAGCCGAGGUGAAGAUGCUGCAGGACGAGUACCAAAACGUGCACAUCGUCGGUAUCACCGAGCAGCCCGUCCGCUCCGUCGACGAUGUGAACGCGUUGAUGACGAGCGGGCAGCAGCUGCGUGCCAUCGGUACGACGCACGCCAACGACCGCAGCUCGCGCUCCCACGCGGUGCUGGAGAUCAAAUUGACGGUGACGGACGGCGGGGACGGGCAGCAGCAGGGCCGCAUCACGUUUGUGGACCUCGCGGGGAGUGAGCGGGCCUCCGAUACGGCCGAGACGGACGCACGGACGCGCCGCGAGGGCGCGGAGAUCAAUAAGUCCCUCUUAGCGUUGAAGGAGUGCAUCCGCGCCAUGUCGAUGCGCAAGCGGCACAUCCCUUUUCGCGGGUCGAAGCUGACGCAGAUCCUCCGGGAGAGCUUCGUGGGCCGCUGCAAGACGUGCGUGAUUGCGACCAUCUCACCGUGCCAGAGCCACUGCGAGGACACCCUCAACUCCCUACGCUACGCCGACCGGAUCAAGGAGCUGAAGGGGCCGGCCAACCCGAACAACGGCGUGAAGCCGAUCCCGUGCAAGAUGUGUGGGCAGCCCAUCUUCAUCGGCGAUCGGCACGUGUGCAAGCGUCAGCUGGUGCUCUGCCCGCACUGUCGGCAGGACUUCGACAAACAAGAGCUCGAGACGCACAUGGCGGAGUGCAAGGAUGCCCCCAUGCGCUGCCCGCACUGCAACGAGCGCAUGCUUCGCGGUGACCUCAGCAGCCACUUCCGCCGCUGCACCCGCGUGCCGACGCGAUGUGCGGCCUGCGGGGCGAUAGUGCCGCGCCAGCUAAUGGAGAAGCACACGUCGCAGGAGUGCGCAGAGGCCAAGGUGAAGUGCCGCUACUGUGGCAGCUGGCAGUCCCGGCAGACGGUGGCGGCCCACGAGCAGAACUGUGAUGCCAUGAAGGUGACGUGUCCGUAUUGUUUGCAGUUCUUCCGCAAGCGACGGCUUCACGCGCACGUGGUCACUUGCCUGCGCAAUCCAAACCUGCAGCUCUCCUCGCCGGGUCGCGUGUCGCCCGGUUGCGGUAGCGGCGGUGCCGGCGGUGGUGCGGGCGGCGGAAGUGAAUUCUUCAUGUUGGCGGAUGCGGCCAGCGAUGCCGCCGCGUCGUCGCUGUCCAACUGCACACCGCAGCGCAGCCCGCGUGAUCCGAGCCCGCGAUCCUCGCCCUCGCGCGCGUCCUCUAUGCACUACUUUCAAAAGGAAGAGGAUAUCGACGCGAUGCUCGAGGCCGUUGGAGAAGACGUCGGCACCACCCAGAAGUACACCCGUGCGCACUCACUAAAUAAUUCCACCACGCAGCUGCAGAGCAGCGCGUCGUUUGUUGACCGGCCCUCCUCCCAACGCGCUCCGGCGGCGGGUCGUCGCUGGAAUGCCGCGUCCGUGGACGGCAUCCCAUCCCCCACCGCCGCGGAGGAGGAGGACGGCGGCGUGGUCUGCCCGUACUCGCGUUACGGCUGCCCGGUGAAGGUGACACGCCUGAACCUAGCCGCACACCUGAUGGAGUGGAUGCAGCGGCACUUGGAGUUGGUGACGUCGUACGCGGAUCGAGUGGACGAGCAGAACAUGCAGCUGCGGCGGCUCGUGGUGAACGAGACGGACACGCUGAGCUCGUGGGCUUCGAAGAGGAACAAGUCACCGCGACCGUGA